UCCCGCCAGGGGUAUCCUGCUGUUGUGUCCUUGGGCAACACACUUCACCCAACUUGCCUGUGUUAGUGGUGGUCAGAGGGGCCGACGGCGCCAAAUGGAAGCCUCGCCUCUGUCAGACCUCCCCAGGGUGGCUGUGGCUACGAGUAGCUUACCAUCACUAGCAGUGUGUGAAUGUGAGAGUGUGUGAAAGCGUCUUUGGGUGUCUAGAAAAGCGCUAUAUAAGUUCAAUGCAUUAUCAUUAUUAUUAUGAUAGCUCUGGGCGCCAGAGGUGUAAAACCUAGGAGGGAGUAUUUUAAAUGUCAUUAGUUUUUAGAUGGAUUACAGGAUAAUAAAAUGGGGUUAAAUAGUUUAAAAAUGUCUUUUUGUACUCAGUUUUGGGACAAAUCUUAAGUUGGCAAACUCACCACUGCCAGUGGUUAUUUCCUCAUGCUUAAUUGAUUGAUUAUCAUUUGUACUAUUAGGUUAAAACAAGUAAUACGAUAUUUAUAACAUGGAUGCUAUGCUGUCAGAAAUAAUACAAUAGCUGCCAACGUUCUUUUUAAAAUACACUGCUAAGAAUAUAUGUGAACUCAACAACUGGGUGAAGAAUGCAACAAUGGAUUUUUGUACUGAGAGUAAAUUAUGUUUUAUCUGAAACCAUUUAAUCAUCAACUGGAUGUCCACAGGGAUGUCACCAGUUUUAUUUGUUUUAAAUACAAACAGCCAAGAGCUGUUACGCUGGGCACCACAUUAUCAAGUUUGCAGACGACUCAGUUAUUGUGCCUCGCAUGAGUAAUGGUAAUAGAGAGCACGGCCUGGUAGCCAAUGACUGGUUAAAAUGAUGUGAAAACUCUUAAAACAUAAAUAUAGCUAAGACAAAGGAAAUGUGUAUAGAUUUUAGCAAAGGACCUUUUCUGAUCGCCUCAGUAGUGAUCUACAGCUAGACAGAUGAGAUGGUGCCACAUUAUAAAUAUUCAGGAGUUUUCAUUGAUGACAAACUGAGUUUUGGACCACAGAUAGUCUGUUUAAAAAUACUUAAAAUAAAAAAUAAGCACACCAGCACUUUUAUCAGAAACUAUGCGCUUUAACUGUUAAUCCUGUUUUUAUGAAGGGUUUUAAUCUUGUUUUAUCUAAUCUGUUCAUACCUUUUCUUCUAUUUGGUCAUAUGGGUCACUGUCACUAAAUAACCAUUGUUAAAGCCAUACUGUGCCACUUUUUAUAUUUUUAAAUAAUUUUCUUGAGCCAGUAUGUGCUCAAAUGACCCUUUACAGGGUUAAUGAAAUGUCACUAAGACCCCCACCUCCCCCGUGGCCAGAAUACCACUUGCAAUUUCAGAGUGGUUGGUCGCCACCUGUUGGACUUAGAAAAAAUUGAAGCUCACAUGCCAGGCGGUGGAGUGUGCUUCCAUCGUGUGCAUGUUUUAGAUCGUGGACACAGCCCAUUUGUUUAAUUUAGUGAUGAAUAGGGAAUCAGGGAUGUCCUGUUUCGAAAUCGAUAUCAACUCAAAAACACUAUCCAAUUAUGUCAGACUGCAUCAAAAAUCUCCGAUAUAAGCAGUCAGUUAAGGUUCACAUUUUUGCACCCAAUAGUUUAAAAAAUCAUCAGUUUUUUCAUGCUUACUGUUAUUGGCUCUUGCUCUCCGAUUGAGUAAUGUCACUUGAUCGAGUCUUUCAUACAUUCCACACUACGGAAUAGGUAAAAGUAUGCUUGAUUUGUGCUGAUAACAUAUCGGAUUGAUGUCAGUGUUGGUCAAUACAGAAGGCUGCAAUAUCGGUAUUGUAUCGAAAGUGAAAAAGCUGUAUCGGGACUUCCCUAGUGAUGAACAGCUCCUGUAGAAACUAAAGAAGGAUCAGGAGACAUCUCAGCAGUUAGAUGAAGGUGUUAAAAAGACGAACGCACAGCGAGGAGAUAAGUUUUAGUUUUGGUUCUACUAAACAGACACCAGGGGGUGCUAAAAGCAUGCCAAAACUGCCAAUUGUGCUUUUAAAUGCCAAAACUGCCAAUUGUGCUUUUAAAUAAUGCAGUAAACUUGCUGGCAUCCCUCUGGUUACUCUCAGUGAUCUCUACCUUUUCGGAUCUCUACAGGUUAUUGUAUCUGAUCCCGAGCAUCCACUGUGGGCAGUUUCCACAUCUGUCAUCGGGACGGAGAUACCAGGUAGCUGUGUAAGCCUGAGAGAGUGAGAUCUUUUAUUGUCACCGCAGUCAGACUUUAAAUCAUUCUUAUGAUGACUUCUUGCUUUUUGUCUCUCUGUGUUUGGAUUGAAUGUUGAUGAACUGCUGACUGUGCAACAAAUUGCCCACAGGGGCAAUAAAGCAAAAACUGAGUGCAUGUUAGGUUUUUUCAGGACCAAAGCUGAAAAGUUUGUCCCCCUCCUAAAGGUUGUUGCAUUCUGAACUCCUUUCUAAACUGUUCUCAUGCACACACUAAGGUUCCGUCGUAUGUUCUGCCUUUGCGAGCUCAUCAAAGCUCCUCAGUACUGUGAAGUGACGAUAAGUGACCUAAAGUCUUAAGAGGAGUUCUGCCUUUGGGAAGACGGGAAGAUUAGCCUGCUUUCACAGUUUGGCUGCACACCGUGUUUCGUGGACUUAUUGAAAAGAUCAUUGAGAAGAUAAGUUAAUGGACUUUGAUGAUUAGCUGCUGAUGGGUUUUUAGGAGUUAUGCUUUACAUCAAGAAAAACAAACUCACUCCUACAAAGGUGCAACAUCGACGUGAGUUCACCAGUGCUCACUAUCAAUAUGCCAUCAGUCAAACACAAACGUCUGUGUCGGUGUUUAAUAACAGCUCAGCUCGGAUAUAGGAUCAUCUGUGGUGCUGCAGGAGAGUGCAGCUGUAGGAAACAGGAUGUGGAGUUAUUUCUGCCAAAUCCAAUUACCUUUCUGCUAAUGCACAGUCUUAACGGUUAGUCCAAGUUCAGAUUAGGAGCAUAUGCAGCUAAAACCAGAUUCCCCAUGUCAGGAUAAAUCUGAUUUUUCCAACCUGUUCUUCAUUUUUCAGAAGCACAUUGGGAUGAACUUUCUCAUGGCGAUUAAAUCAGGGCAUAUGCGCCUGUGGUCCGUGCCUCCUUAGGGAGCUCUGAAGAGAUUAUUGGAGUGUCAAAAAGGAGUUUUUUUCUCUGCUGUGGUGUUAAAAUCAGACCCCCAGGCAGUAAAAAAUCAGUAUUUCCUCUUCCCACGUGAACACUUUGCACCUGGAUAAAAUUAUUAUUUUUUAAAUUCCUAUUGAAAAUGUGUUUUUUAUAGAAUGUAAUGGUAGUUUAUUUUUAUUAGGAAUAACUGGAUUUGACAAGUCAGUUCUGCAUUCCUAAAAUAUACUUUCAUAAACUGAAAAAAGUGUCAAAGGCAGGCCUUUUCUUAUUUAUGUUUUUAGUUAUUAACCAGGCUGCAUGAGGCGUUAUAAACAAAACAGUUGUGCAGCAGUCAUGCAAAUCUCUUGCAGUUUGUUCAGAAAUGUUAUGCCUGGAUUUGCUUACAGUUCAAUUUAAUUUUAUUCGAUUGAUCCCCAGUCUCUCCCAAAUGUUUCCGACAUUUCUUGCACUUCUGACUUGUGAAAAACAAACUGAAAAGGGCUUCAAGAUGAGCUUCUGACGUGCACAGUGAUUGGAUCUAUUUUGAGAGAACAUGUGGUUCUGCUAAAUUCAAAAAUCAAAUGACGUAUAGGAAGAGCUUGCGACACAUAUAAGAAAACUGAGAAUCGUUGUUAAUGUUUGAGGAAAUUUUAUGUUUAAUGACAGACACUUUUGUCCAAAGCGACAUACCAAUAAGAUGUAAACAUGCUGCUAAUACUGCAGCUUACAAUCAGUCAAAGUACUUGGAGGUACUGGUCAGGUUCUAUCAAGAUACAGCAGCUAGCACAGUUCAAACACAGAAGCAAUUCAAUGGUCAAAGGUGACAGUUUAGAAAUAGAGUGCAAACCUAGAAGGAAGUGCACAAAGAGAGGGCAGUAGAGUGGAGGAAGGGUAGAACAGGGUAGAUCCUAGGGUCGAAGAUGCUGUCUGAGCGCGAGGUAGGCCAUUCCCCCAUUAUGAGGUGACACAUGGAAAGAGCCUUGAUUGUCUCCUCCAAAUGCGAAACCAUGUUCUUAAAUUGGAAAAGAGUCCUCCACUUGAGGUCUUGCUUCAUUGUUGUAGGUCUAACGCAUUUUUAAGCAUAGGAAGCAAUUGCAAAGCAGUGCUUAAUCUCUUUUCCUUCUUUUCCUCUUCAUCAGCAACUCUUCCGACUUUACAAAUGCCGGUUGUUUUAGGGAUGUUUGCUGAUGUUAGUUCCUAAUGAGUUAAAACGAUCAGCAUGAGUUAACCAAAAGUUCCACUCAGUGACUCACCCAGGUCAUUCUAAGCACACACACCAGCACAGGUACUGUUGGUUCCUGACAAUGGCCCAGAAAAGGUCCUUUCUGCCGGUCCACUAAGGAGAGAAGUGCUUUACACUGGUAAGGUUUCCUUGAAGUUCUGAUAGUGGAAACACAACUAUUGAAUAGGAUUUAGUGUCAAGAUGCCCUUCUACACCAUGUCACACAUUUCACAUUCAUCCAUGACUGCACCAUGCCACAGGCCCAUCGUGGCAUGGACUGUGUAAGAAUGCAACUAUGAUAGAAGAUCACACCAGCACAAGUCUGAUAGGUCUUUAGACCAAAUAUGAGGCCAGUGUCACCAGUACUGCUUUGAAAUCCACAUCAGUAUUUGUAGACUCGCUAUCCUGAAUACACUAACACAGUGCUCCAAUCAUUUACUUGUCACAAUGAUCAUGCUGAAAAUUAGCCAUUGCUAAAAGCAUUUUGAUACAAACAUGGGACUGCAGUUUUAUUGUUUGUCUAUCAGCAUAGUAAAGAAACUAUAUUUUAGUCUAUGUUCUGGUAUCUGUCCCUAUUAAAUAAACAUAAUGGAUGAGUGAAUGGAUGGAUUAACUACCUUAAACUUGUGCAUGAUAAAAGCAACAACUGAGUUAAUACGAGAGACCCGCUGCACCCUUCAUCCAUCCUUUAAGACCUUGCUGACCUUCCAGAUUCUGGAUGAAUUUUAUUUUAUUUUUUUAAAACAGCAAAAUUUCUACGAAGUGGCUCCAAACAACAAAUGUCAACAAGUCGGCUCUCCUUUACGCAUCUUUAACAAAAUAUCACAAUGCCUUCAUUUUUCCAUCACUUCCUCUAAUUUAUUUAUACAAACUUCAUCAUUUCUGUACUAUUAAAAAUAAAACCAUUAAAUCUCUUGCCAGUGGACCCCACACCAAUCCCCCUUUAGGGCUUCUCUUUGAUCUGGAAAUAUAACCUGUGCAUUUGCAGGUAUUUUUGUGCCUGUAUAAAUUUCUUUUAUGCUAUUUAAACCCUGAAUUUCUAGCUGUUCAGUUAUCAAUCCAGUGAAAUGUAUGUGCUAAAACUUGCAUGAGAUUUUUCGUUACAGAUUUUCUCUACACAUAGGCCCACUUCUAUCAAAGAACUCCUUGUUUGGGGUGAUCUCAGUCCUUUAUCUUUACCCUGUAUACAGAUGAGGUAACAUGGGAGGGAAAUCCAACCUAAGCUGCUGGUGUCGGUUUAUUUGGGGGAAGGGGGUCACCUUCAUCAGGUAAACUAAUGACCAUUAACUAAUAAACACAUUUGUUUUGUAACAAAGACAGUAAAUAUGCAUGGGUCCUAACUUUUUUAUGUACACUACCGCUAACACCAGUUAUCAUGAUUUUCUUCACAAUGUCUCAAAGCAGAAAGGGUUUCAGAAGUUACAGCUAUCCCUCUCUGACCGUAGCAAGCAUUUUUAACAGUUUGCUGUAUUCCAACAGAAGGGCAACAGCUAGAGACACUAAAUGGAUUAUCUUGAAGCAGCUCAACAGAAACCCUUUCAUCCCAUUGCUGGCCAUCAUCAAAUAGAGCCAAGUGCUCCUCCUCAGGGAAACACGGAAUUAGUUGCUCAGCACCAUUGGUUUCACAUCAAGUCAGCUGCCUACUCCCCUGCAGAAGGAAACUUCUAAUUGGAACAUUGAAAAUCUGGAAACUUGUGGUCUUUGUUGGGCUUCUAGUGGAAGGACAGUAGACGUUUUCACAAUUUUUAAGCUCAUGGAUACUUUUCAACUUGUCAAACUCCAGGUAGAUGAAAAUGCAAAGUCGACAUCAGCAGCAGAGAAUAACUACUUUCACUUCUCAUUGAGUCUUUUUGGUCACUGACAGUCCAGAGUGGCUCUCUCAGGUCAUGCAUAUGGCCAGACAUCUGGUGGAGUUCCUUACUAGAUCCAUUCAGCCAUUGUAGAGGAUUGGCAGCAAGUGAUUGCAAUGAUACCUCUUCUGUGACCUCUCUUAACCCUUUAUCUAUGAGACUGGUGGACAUCAAGCGCCAGGUGGGAUUCAAAAGUCUGGUGGGUAGAAUGAGGAAUUUAAUUCCUGGGGGCUGGUGGACAUAAACAUCAGGUACUCCAAAAGUUCCAGUGGCGCCUCCAUGAUAAUUAUAACAAGUAAGUUGUAAUUAUUUUAAAUGGUGUUGGUAACUGAGGAACAAGGAAAAGAUUCAAAGGUUCGAGAGAAUGGAUUUGCUAGAGGAGUUGGACUUAGUAAGACUAGUUAUGAAGCCAACAAGCAGGGUAUUAAAACACCUGUUAUGUCCAUCAGCAAGGUCGAUGAAGACGGGUUUGAGAGAGAACUUUCCGGAGAGGACGAUAAUCAAGAAAUUGAAGUUGAUUACACACGAAACUAUUGGGAGGACGAGGACGAUGUCUAUCAGGUGUUUGAGGAACUGGACUUUGACUCGUUGCCCGAUCAUUCAGACACCCGAAGCAUUGCCUCAGAGGAUUCAUUCUACCCGCGAGACGAUUCAGUCAUUUCCCGCUAUGUUCGCACUCCAAGCCCAGAAGCAAUCUCCUUCUACAAAGCCUGCUGCAGCAACAAUGUCAUCAUUGUCAAGAUUAUGAUCAGACAAGGACUGACAGAAGAAGAAGUGAAAGAGACGGACCGAAACAGACGAUCUGGACUAAUUAUGGCGUGUUACCAUGGUUACGUGGACAUGGUUAUUGCCCUCUCUCAAUGUCCGUAUCUGGAUGUUAACUGGCAGGACAACGAAGGCAACACGGCUCUAAUUACAGCAGCACAAGCAGGUCAUGUAUUUAUUUCCAACUAUCUGCUGAAUUACUUCCCGGGUUUGGACAUCGAGAGGAGGAACUGUCAUGGUUUUACGGCUCUGAUGAAGGCUGCCAUGCAGGGAAGGUUUGACUGCGUGAGAGUCAUCAUGCUGGCAGGAGGUGACAUUCAAGCGCAGGACUACGGUCGCCGUAUGACGCCCAGGGAGUGGGCUCUCUUCACCGGCCGAUAUGAGACAGCCACUCUGAUACAUCGGCUGAUGUUGAGGCCUUGUGCUGAGCAGUUCUGCGACUCUUUCCCUCUGGAGUGGCCCUUGUUAGAGGAGCUGGUGUCCCAGGCCCAAAAGCCAAAGACUUUCUGGAGACGCCUAAUUAAACUGCUCUCUUGUUGUCAUUAUGGGUUUUAUUUUAACAACAAGGUAAACCCUUUGACUGAUGGAGUCCUGGGCCACAUGGUGCAAAUAACUACAGGCAUCUCCAGUCCGUUUAUUGCCCCAGCCUGUAGGACGGUGUGCCCAGGCAGCCCGCCGUGCAUCGGCAAGCGCCGUCCCGCUGUGCAGGAGAUUCUGAGGAGGCAGCGAGUGGCAGAGCUGAGGCGUCUUGGUCCCGACAGGCUGAACAACUACAAAAGAUUUUUCCAGAACUCGAGAGUCCUUCUCAUUCCCAAAGCAAAGGAUCGAAGGGCGAGCCUGCAGCCUCAGCUACUUACUGAUGUGGCCAGGGCGUCUACGGGUGCCCUGAGAAGAGCCAGCCUCCUGCCACUUCAUAUGCUGAGGCGAAGUAGCGUGCGGCCCGGUAUUGUGGUGCCAAAGGUCACCCUCUGCAAGGCUCCACCUCCAAGCUUCAUACCUGAAAACCUGAAAAGAAACAGUGACAAGAAUCAACUCCAGAUCCCCAAGUGGGACUACAAGAUGAAAAGAAUAGAACGGAAGCAGGAGGCGGAGAGGCAAAGAAUGUUUUUUGUGACAAGAUUGAGGUGAAAAACAGAGAGAAGUCACAGCACCACCUCUGUGCAUCUUCCUGUUAGAAACUCUAAAUGUUUUGUGACAGAGCUGUCACAGAGACGCAGCCUUAGAAAACCUGAAAUGUUAAAGUCAACUAAAAAUAUGCCUUUUUUGUUGACUUUUGUAAUGUUUUGGAAGUGGUUACUUUGAAUAAACUCAAUAAAAUGUAAAGGUAUUCAACAAGAUGUAAUAUUCCAUAAAAAUAUGGAUUAUCAAUAUUAUUGAACCUUUAGGCGAUAAACAGCAUGUGUUUUAAAUUGGAAAGUACACGGUAUUCUGGGCAGACGAAGCCGACUGGACAGUUCAGUGUCUGGUGACCUCUGACAUUAAGGCUUUUCCUAUGCUACACAUUGACUUGUUGCCUUGUUUUUACUUGAAUCCACUCACUAUUUAUGUGAGGUGUAGUUAAUGGUGCAAGACAUUCAAAAGCACAAAAUAUAUCCCUAAUUUCUGUAAAGAUGUAAGAUUUUAGGCCUUUUGAUAGCUUUUAUCACGUCAUUUAUUCUGGAGCAUUUGGCCGAUCUUGGCUUGGUAAGAAGACCAAAGAUUUCUUUCUGGCUACUUGAGCUGAUUGAAGCAAGACAGGAGCACGGCGCACAGGAGGAAGUCAAAAGUCAUUCACCACUCAUGCAGAGUACAACAGGUUAUCUUUGAGGAAGAAAAUCACUGCUGCAGAAUUUGACAGCGGAGCUGAGGAGCCAGCUCACACAGGCUUUGUUAGAGCUUUGUGGCGAAGCUGAAAGGCAGAGCCAAAAAUAAACAGCUUAGUUCUUCACUGACAUUCUGACUUCUAAAGCCAUCACGGGAACGUCUACUGUCUGUAAUGUAUGUUUCCCAAUCUGUGAGCGAAGACGUAUGGGGGCUGUCAUUAGCUGUUCCUGGAUGACAACAUCCACGUUUCAGUUUUGCAUCGACAUCAGGAGAAAUAACUAUAAAAGCUGCAGUGUAAAUGUUUUGAAGUAAAACGACAAAUAUGGUGUUUACAGAAAGAAAAAUGGUUUUAAGCCAGGAUUAUCAUUCUAAUAGCAACUAGCAGUUCAGUAGCCAAGUGACUUUCUCUUGCUUAAAUAUACCUUCAGCUGCGGAAUCCAGACGCUGUUACCAAAAUCAUGAUUCUAAAACAGGAAUGAACAAAGUGAUUAGUUUAUUCACGGUGGUUUCUUCAUUAAAGAACAAACAAUUGGGAAAAUCAAAACAGAAUGCCCUCUAGUGGCACAAACUCAGAAUUGUAACUAAACCUUAGAAAUCCACCUUCAGAAUGAGGUGAAAUCCUUGUUUUUUAGAGCAGCUUUAUACAGUAUUUUACAAUUCUUACCUCCACUUUUUUUUAAUUACCAUGUAAACAUGAUUUUGUUUACAUUUUAUUAACUGAAAGUAGGGCUGGGCGAUAUGGCCUAAAAUCAAUAUCACGGUAUAUUGAGGAGUUGCGAUAAACAAUAACUACAUGUAUGCGCAAAAACAAAAGUUGUCCACUAGAUGGGGUUGUCACGCGUAUUACGUUGAGUCACGUUGUCAUGUGACUUGAGGUGGUUCAGCUCCUUAAAGGGACAUGAAUCUCGCCAACCCACACAUUUUUUUAUUACCCAGUUUAUUGACAUGGGAAAAGGAAAUUGGUUAGAGUCAGAAAUUUUGAUAACAAUAAGGUUUUGAUUUAUUACCCAGCCCUAACAGGAAGUGUUGUAAUCAGUAUCUAUUGAAACAAAAAUAAAACAAUCAAAUUUGUUUGAUUUUAUGCUCUGAUUCUUCUCUUAAUUCUUACGCUUGGUAAUUAAAUACAUAAUUACAUUUAUUAAUAGUUUAUUUUUUGCUCUCUCAAGGAUGGGACUUUGUAUAGACGGGAAAUCUCAGGUAUCAGAAACAAUUAUUUUUUCUCUGGAGAUGGACAUUGAUGAUGAAGUCAAGAUCUCAGAAACCUUCAAAGAAAUUUUUUAACUCAGCGGUGGCUCAGUUUUACAUAUAAAGUAAUCAAGUACACUAAAAACCCAGAUAAGCAAAACACAUCUAAACAACAACUGCAAGCCAAAUUAAUUUCUGAACUAAAAUUCCCUUGCCUUAAAAUGUUGCAAUUAAUUCUUGGACAUUGACAUCAUUUUAAUCACUUAUAAGCUUUUAUUUUUGACUGUUUACAACAGCUUUUAUCUGAACAUGAAACAUGACUGUGGUUUAGAGAGGAAAUGUAUUUAAAUGAAGUUGUAAUGAAUGGUAAUAACUGUGUGACGUUUGUGUUUUGUCAAUGCACACAGAGAUUAAAAUAAUUACUCUUGGGUGUGGUAGCAUUAAAACAAUGCUCAGCUGACACAUUAUUCAGUAUCAAUUAAUAUGUUGUUUUUUUAAAGUCGAUAAUAGCACUAAAGUAACUCUGUGGUUUCUCUAUUUUAUUUGAAGAUGACCCAAAUUUGUGUAGAUCUAAAAAAAAAUUAAAACAGUAAGUCAAACUGAGAGGUGGAUCAUAGUAAUUCCCCACAAACAUACUGCUGGGAGCUGAACAGCUACCUGAGGAUCUGUAAAACCACCUGAAAGGAGGAGAAAGAUGGAUGGUAACUCUGUGUUUGGAUGGGAGACAGAUGUUCCUCUCGUGCACUUCAGCACUUGUGGCGACAUAAGAAACACAAGCCAGAUGCACUGUGGUCCUGCAGCGUGUUGAUCUUUCUGUGAAGACUCAUGCAGAUUAGACCUGCAGGACUAAAAUGGCUGCCACCCCGACCUGCUGUGCAGUGUCCACUGUUGACCACCAGAGAGCACUCAUGACCCUUUACAGGUCAACCCUCAGUAGGCAUCUUUAGCACUGAGAUAAACAUCUACACGCACGCACGCGCGCGCGCGCG